UGAUAUUCUCUAGCCUCUACCAACUCCUAGAGCCCAACCCUUGUUUGCCUCUCACACUUACCUGUAAAUGCUAUAAAUACCAGUGUCCAUGCCUGAGGGACACACAACACAACUCAUCUAGAGAUACUUUGUUAGAACACUUAAAGCUCAACAGCCAUGGCUUUACGUGCCUUCUCAUAUCUCCAUCUCUUCACUAUCAUUGUUUCUCUUUCUCUAGCAAAAGUAACUUAUUCUGCAACUCUUUCCUCUACUUUCUAUGACAAAGUAUGUCCCAAGGCUUUGUCCACCAUUAAGGGAGUGGUGGAGGAUGCAGUGAACACAGAGAGUCGCAUGGGAGCUUCCUUGCUUCGCCUCCAUUUCCAUGACUGUUUCGUCAAUGGCUGUGAUGGUUCAGUCCUUCUGGACAACUCAACUAACUUUGAUAGUGAGAAGAAUGCCUUACCCAAUGUUAACUCUGCAAGAGGAUUUGAAGUUAUUGACAAGAUUAAAUCCCAGGUUGACAAGGUCUGUGGAGGCUCUAUUGUAUCAUGUGCCGAUAUCUUGGCUGUUGUAGCCCGAGACUCCGUGGUUGCGCUUGGAGGCCCAACAUGGGAUGUGCAGCUUGGGAGGAGAGACUCGACUACGGCAAGCCGGACAGCCGCAAACAAUGGCAUCCCUUCACCAGCUUUGGACCUCUCUGGCCUCAUCAACAACUUCAAGAAACAAGGGCUAGACACCCAAGAUUUAGUUGCACUAUCUGGGGCACACACUAUUGGUUCUGCAAAGUGUGGUGUCUUUAAGAACCAUGUCUACAAUGAGACCAAUAUUGAUCCCAACUUUGCUAGUGCACGGAAGUCGACUUGCCCUUCUUCAGGUGGUGACAAUAAUCGUUCUCCCUUAGACCCCACAUCUUCAAAAUUUGAUACACAAUAUUUCUCAAACUUGGUAAAGAGAAGGGGGCUCCUACACUCGGACCAAGCAUUAUAUAGUGGUGGCUCUGGAACCACUGAUGCACUAGUAAAGAGCUAUUACUCAAACACCAAGACUUUUUAUGCUGAUUUUGCCAAGUCUAUGAUUAAGAUGGGAAACAUUAACCCUCUGACUGGAAAGAAGGGCCAAAUUAGGGUGAACUGUAGGAAGGUGAACUAAUGAAGCUAGAAAGAACACUACCUCUAUUUUCUGUAUUAAUUUUUAUUUUUGGUAAAUCAUUUCUGUAUUAGUUUGGCUUGUAACAAGUGGGUUAUCUAAGAGAUACCACAUUUAAUGUAAUAAUAAAAAAAAAUUACAUUAAAGGGACAAAUUAAAAACUCCUUGAUCAACAAGAAGUUUAAGUUUUAAGUGCAUU